UCUGCUUCUAUAACUGGCCUACAAAAAAACACAAAAAAAAACAAAACUGGUACCUGUUAACUUCGCUUAAAGGUGUUAAUUUUAGGACCAUGUGUUCACCAUCAACCUGAUGUUCACUAUGAUACAGACUUCACCAUCUUUGAUCUUCCAAAACAUCAGUUUCCACUCAUUCCAUGUGUGAUGCUAUGUACACUACCUGAUUUAAUCUUGGGACACCAUUACUCAGCAGUAAAUGAGGGACUUGGUAUCUACAUACAGGUGUCCUGUUUGUCCUGUUUCAUUCAGACGGUGAGUAAGAAAGAAUCAGACAUCAAUUGGUAUCUGAAAAUGAUCCUCCUGACAUAAAUUUUAAUCUCAGCUAAAAAUUUAUUUAGUUGCAAAGUGGGGCAACUUUCAUUUCAAGGGACACAGUUGUGAGAGUUACGGUGUAAAACAGCUGCAAAUGUGUCAGACACAUUUAGGAAUAUAUAUUGCUAUUCAUAGCUUCCAACAUCUGGGUUCCUCCCAAGGCAAGGAGGUGAUAAAUAACAUGGAGCUAUCAAAAUGGGCGAAAUGCUGAUUUUUGCCGAUUUCUAAAGUUUAAAGAACUACAGGACAAUGAAACUAUCAUCUUUCAAUGUUAGGCACAUUAUGAUUACUCUUCCAAGAAAAAAUUAUUACCAAAAAGCUACAUUUUUCAUUGUUCAUGCUAAAAUCUUAUCCAAGGCCUAUCUCUUCUAGGUUAAAUUCGGUUUGUUUUCACCUUCAAUUCUCUAAAGUACGUAACUAAAGAGUGUGCUAAUGAUUGGUUCAUAGCAGCUAUGACAUCACUUCAGAAUGAUAAACACGGGCAUUACAAUUUUCUGAGCAUACAUCCUCCAAUGAGAGCUAGCCUGCUCAGCAACUAAACUUUAUCUCGAGUUGCAAAAUGUUAAUGCACUGUUCUGGUCACGUGGUGGAAGACAUGAUUUUUCACUCAACAAUCUGGAAUCCACAAGGAACAUCUGAGCCAUUACCACGAUUGCCUGUAAUUAUGCCCCCAAGAAGAUCCCGAAACUCUGUGAAGACAGAGCCAGAGGAGGCUGAUGUUGAUAAGAAGGUGCCAGCGAGCAGCGGUCACUGUAAAGAUGAACAGAGUCAGUGGGUGAUGGUCACUGAUGACACAGCCCUUGAUUGUGAUCCAAACAAUGAAAACAGUCCAGUGUUUGUCAGAUUAAAACAUCCUAAAACUGAGCAAGGAGCAUUGUUUUUGUUCACCCAUGGAGACUCAAGUGUGUAUGAAGUGAACAAAUUCACAGAGAAGUACAGAUCUUGGUUGAUAGAUGAUACAGUUCAAGCAGAUGGUAGUAUAUUACUGGUGACACCUGCCGAUCCUGUUUACCUGGUCUUACCGUACUUGAUUGCUUCUGCUCAGUCUGGAAAGUAUAUGACUUUAGAUCAGAUAGUGGUGGAUGAGAACUUCUCAGAGUGCCGCAGACUUCUCAGUUGUUCUGGACUCAGUGAACUCUCAAAUGUGGCAGACAUUAAAGGAGAUGAUGAUCUGAAAGUGUUCCGAUACAAUAAGGAAAAGACUCUUUCAUGGUUAAAGUUGAAGGUAGAAAAAGUCGUAGACAGAUUACAGCAGAGAAAUGUUCUUAUUGGGAGUGUGGGUCAGUCAGCAACCUAUGUCCGUAGUUUGAAGGAGCAAUCGGUGACGGAAGAUGACUACAGACGGUAUGCAUGUGGACUUGUAUCCGAUUACCUCCCUUUGGAGCUGAGCUCUUUGUUGGUUGAUUACCUGGACAUACCUGUUAAACCAGACCCAAGCCCAGUUGAGGAACCUCCAAGCAAGAAAGUAAAACUUGAGCCUGCAGACUUAAAUCCGACAGAAGAUUACAGCAAAGGUCAGAAAAAGCUAGAUAACAAGAUGCAGAAGAAUGGCAGCAUGACAGCUGGACAGAAGAAACUCCUAAGUGUAGAUAAAACAGGCAUGAAGAACAUAUCAAGUUUUUUCUCACCAAAGUCGAAAACGUGAUCCACAAGUUGUUCCAGAUACAGUUAUUGAUUCACACCCAGACCAAAUAUAACCCUGAUGCCUUCAAGCCAUUUCAACUGUGCAACAAAUUUCAAAAAAGAUUGAAUAUGGAGAUCUGGGAUCCUCUUUGAACAUUGGUUAGACUACAUUGAACAUUGGUUAGACUACAUUGAACAUUGGAUAGACUGCAUAUAAUAUUGGGCAGACAGCAUUGACUCUUGGUUAGACAGCAUUGGGGUUUCUGGAAUAUGUUGAAUUGGUUUUUGUCUCAGAAAAGUCCAUGUUUCCUAACAGUGUGUGCUCUGUUCCAAAGACUCGCCGCUGAGCAAAUCAAUAUUCAAUGUUCAUCAGUGAAAAUACCGUGAAAGAGUUGAAAUUCAUACCUACACAGAUGACAGAGCCUUUCUUCUGACGUCAUUUCCUGCCUCCACACUGAAACGAGUUAUCCAAGACCCAUCCUGGGCGACAAGUUACAUGGAAUUACCUGUCAGUUGUCUGUUACAGCCGCAGGGUACCAGUAGCAUUGUAAACCUAUACAUGUACAUAUCUACAUAUUUCCGCCUAAAGCAGGUUUCUGAUAUUUUACACUGCUGUCUUCUUGUUCUCAAACACAUUGUUUUAUGCACGAAAAAUAAAGCAAAAUUUUGA